UUUUUUUGAGACAGAGUCUCACUCUUUCGCCAGGCACAAGGCUGGAGUGCAGUGGCCCCAUCUUGGCUCACUGCAACCUCUGCCUCCCAGGCAAUUCUCCUGUCUCAGCCUCCCAGGUAGCUGGGACUACAGUCACGUGCCACCACACCCAGCUAAUUUUUGUAUUUUAGUAGAGGCAGGGUUUCACUAUGUUGGCCAGGAUGGUCUCAAUCUCUUGACCUCGUGAUCCACCCAUCUCGGCCUCCCAAAGUGCUGGGAUUACAGGUGUGAGUCACCACGCCCUGCCACAAUCUUUCCUUUCACUUCUCCCUGCCACACACUUGUUAACAGACUGGUAUUGAUUGUCCUUUGGAAUUUUUCCUCUGUGUGUUAAUUUAAUCAAAUAGAUAAUACCUUAUCCAGCAGCAUCCACCUCUGAGCCAGGGCUGUUCUAUGAGCUCUCCUCUCACCAACCACAUGAUCUCUAGGCCUUCAGAGGAGUGUGUCGUCUCCUGGAUUUACAGGUAUGGCCUCAGUGCAGCUGGCCGAAGUGAGGCCGGUGAACCAGUCCCAGGUGCCUGUGACACACAUACCCUUUGUGGGCUUGGGGUCAUAGUUUACAAAAUGAAAUUGUCCCCUGCAUGCUGACCCCAUGCUGCAUUUUCACUCAUCCAUCUGGCGACCUGACACAGCACACGUUUCUUUUUAGCAGAUGUGUCACUUGUAUGUAGAAGGACCAAUAUGGCAUUUGCCUCAGCAACAUUUUUCAAUCUGCACCCUCACCUACAUCCAUUCUUAUAAGGCACUCACUUUCCAAGGGCCAAUCUUAUUUGCCUAAAUACUGUUAGGUAACUUUCAGUAUAAAAUUGAGAAAGAGUAUGAGAAACUCUACUUUCCCAUGCCUGCCAGUGGCAAGUGUUGACUCCUUACUUGCUAAUACAAAUGGCACAGAUGGAGGUGCUGGGCUGACAGACUGUGUUGGGAGCUGCUGCUCAUUGCUCUUUAUUAAUUUAUUCAACAGGCCAGGUGUGGUGGCUCAGGCCUGUAAUCUUGACACUUUUGGAGGCCAAGGAGGGAGAAUCCCUUGAGCCCAGGAGUUCAAGACCAGUUUGGGCAACAUAGCAAGACCUCAUCUCUACCAAAAAAAAAAAAAUUAAAUUAUCCAGGCGUGGUGAUGCAUACCUGUAGUCCUAGCUACUUGGGAGGCUGAGUGGGAGGAUCGCCUGAGCGCAGGAGUUGGAGGCUCCAGUGAUCUGUGAUUAAGCCACUGUACUCCAGCCUGGACUACAAAUUGAGACCCUGUCUCUAAGAAAUCAAUUAAUUAAAAGUUUUAAAAAGUACAUUGCCUGGCAAUUUUUAAUCAUUAGACUAGAAGUAAUUGAAAAAAAAACAGUCAACCACUGGGUGGAGCCAGGGCUGCUUGUGAUGGGUGGGGCAGAGGUCUUUGUGAGAUGGAUGGGGAGCACAGGUCACGGGAUAAAGGGCUGCAGCGCUCUGAGGAAAAUCACAAAGAUUGGGGCAGGCUCAUAGGAGCCAUUGGGGUCCUGGGAGGACCUUGGAGCAGAGGACAGUAACUAUUCUCAGGAAGCCCCACAGGCUCCUUCCAUUUCUGUGAUUCUCAGAGGCCCCAGGAGACCAGGUGAUGGCAGCAGCCAGGCUCCUGCCAGUGCCUGCAGGACCCCAGCCCCUGUCAUUUCAGGCCAAGUUAACCUUCGAGGAUGUGGCUGUGCUCCUCUCCCAGGAUGAAUGGGACCGGCUGGGCCCUGCUCAGAGGGGCCUGUACAGAAAUGUGAUGAUGGAAACCUAUGGGAAUGUAGUCUCAUUGGGACUUCCAAUAUCAAAGCCUGACUUAAUCUCCCAGCUGGAGCGAGGGGAAGAUCCCUGGGUCCUGGACGGGAAGGGGGCUAAGGAGAGCCAGGGCCUGUGGAGCGGCCACUCAGUGCCCUUUGAAUUUGAUACCACAAAGACUCUGAAAUUCUCUGGGAGCAUGGUUGGAGAUGAGAAGUUUAUCUGCAGAAGCACCUGGUCACCUCACCGCUGGCACAGGUCACAGAGGACAAUGGGACUGAACAAUCUCAAAUGGGACCACACUACAGCCUGUAUGCAACAAGACAGUUUAUCUUGUCCAUGGGAAUAUGAAACUAAGCGAGAGAAUCAAAAUACAGACUUGAGUUUGAAGCCAUUAAUUUCAGAGGAAACAGUGAUUCUGGGGAAAACACCCUUGGGGAGGAUUGAUCAAGAAAAUAAUGAAACAAAGCGAAGCUUCUGUCUAAAUCCAAAUUCUGUUGACCACCCUGAAAUUCAGGUCUUAAGCCAAAGCAUGCCACUCACUCCACACCAGGCAGUGCCUACUGGAGAGAGGCCCUACAUGUGUGUCGAGUGUGGGAAGUGCUUUGGCCGGAGUUCCCACCUCCUUCAGCAUCAGCGUAUUCACACUGGAGAGAAGCCCUAUGUGUGCAGUGUAUGUGGGAAGGCCUUCAGCCAGAGCUCAGUCCUUAGUAAACACAGAAGAAUUCACACAGGUGAGAAGCCCUAUGAGUGUAACGAGUGUGGAAAAGCCUUUAGAGUGAGCUCAGAUCUUGCUCAGCAUCACAAGAUACACACGGGAGAGAAGCCUCAUGAAUGUCUUGAGUGUCGGAAAGCCUUCACUCAACUCUCACAUCUCAUUCAGCACCAGCGGAUCCACACAGGAGAAAGGCCAUAUGUGUGUCCAUUGUGUGGGAAAGCCUUCAACCAUAGCACUGUCCUGCGGAGCCACCAGAGGGUACACACUGGGGAGAAGCCUCACAGGUGCAAUGAGUGUGGGAAAACUUUCAGUGUGAAGAGGACACUGCUGCAGCACCAGAGGAUCCACACUGGGGAGAAGCCCUACACGUGCAGUGAGUGUGGGAAGGCCUUCAGUGACCGCUCAGUCCUCAUUCAGCACCACAACGUGCACACUGGGGAGAAGCCCUAUGAGUGCAGCGAGUGUGGGAAGACCUUCAGCCACCGCUCUACGCUGAUGAAUCACGAGCGGAUCCACACUGAGGAAAAACCCUAUGCAUGCUACGAAUGUGGGAAGGCCUUCGUUCAGCACUCACACCUGAUCCAGCACCAGAGAGUCCACACUGGGGAGAAACCCUAUGUGUGUGGUGAGUGCGGGCAUGCCUUCAGUGCACGUCGGUCUCUGAUCCAGCAUGAGAGAAUCCACACUGGUGAAAAGCCUUUCCAGUGCACAGAAUGUGGCAAAGCCUUCAGCCUAAAAGCAACUCUGAUUGUGCACCUGAGGACCCACACGGGUGAGAAGCCCUAUGAGUGCAAUAGCUGUGGGAAAGCCUUCAGCCAGUACUCAGUGCUCAUCCAGCACCAGCGGAUCCACACAGGUGAGAAGCCCUACGAGUGCGGGGAGUGUGGGCGUGCCUUCAACCAGCACGGCCACCUAAUCCAGCACCAGAAAGUGCACAAGAAGUUGUGACCUGUGGCUGAUACAAGAAUCCAUCACACAGAAACUGCACAUGGAACCACAAGCAGCCUUCAGCCGAAAAGAAGUUUCUGUUAACUCUAUAGGAAUCCUUUCUUUGGUAAUUCAGUGUCACAAAAUAACUCUGAAAAGAAGCACUUGGCAUGAUGUUCCCAUGGAAAAAUUUCAGACUACCUGUUUCUAUUUUCCUCACCAUCUUGAGGUUAUAUUGGAGAGUAAUAAUGGAAUUGUAGUGAAUUUGGUAAAAACAGCCACAAUUCUUUCUCUGACAUUAGUUUAUUUGAACUAAGGGAAUUUAAGGCAUAAGAAAUAUUGUCCCGAUAAAAUCUUCCUUACAUUCCAAAUAAAGUUCUUUUUCUAAGAACAUUACAUGCCCUUCAUAAAUAUCAAUUAACCAUACUGAUUAUUGCACUUAAAAUUAGAAAAUUUAACAUUUUCAGUAUUAAAACACUAAAGUGCUAUAUGGAUAAAGUGAUACAAAAAGAUAUUUUCUUCAAAUAUGUAAAAUAGAUGGAAAUCCCAAGUGUGUGAACACCUGUUUUGUAUAAAACAAGGAAAAGUCUAAUGAUAUAUGAGUGAGAAAUUAUGUAAAUUUAGAAAACCUUGUGUUGUUUUUUUUUUUUUGGAGACAGAGCUUUGCUCUGUUGCCCAGGCUGGAGUGCAGUGGCAUGAUCUCAGCUCACUGCAGCCUCCACCUCCCAGGUUCAAGCAAUUCUUGUGCCUUAGCCUCCCAGGUAGCUGGGAUUACAGGUAUGCACCACCACCACGCCUGGCUAGUUUUUGUAUUUUAGUAGAGACGGAGUUUCAUCAUGUUGGCCAGGCUCGUCUCGAACUCCUGGCCUCAAGUGAUCUGUCCACCUUGGCCUCCCAAAGUGUUGAAUUACAGGUGUGAGACACCAUGCCUGGCCUAGAAAACCCUUUAUCUGGUGCUUUAUUCAAAAUCAGAAGGGGUAUCCUAACUUUUUAGUAAAAAUUCAAUUCAAAAAUGUGUAUGUUCCUCAAAACCUGCACUUAUGAUCUGCAGACCCUGUGCCCCAGAAACCAUGGGAUGUCUCAAUUCCUAUGCAAGCAUGGGAAGGGAGCUUCACUCUCAGUGCAGAUCUCAUAGCUGUUACACCAAGAACCUCUUUAUAUCUUAUGGUAUCCCCCCCGCAAAAGAAAUGCUGAAAAGACUUCUUUGGUACAUAUAUUUAAAACAUGAGUUUCUCAAAUUCAGGUAGCUCUGUUUUGCUAUCUCUAAUAUUUCUAUUCUUUUAUUUGAAGGAUUUGUUUCUUUUUUUUACUCCCGGUUCAAGAGUAGUAUUCAUUGCCAUAUUUCUGUGAUGAAGAUGAAUCUGGUUUAUUCAUAAUUAAAAUGUUAUAUUAGUUGAGAA